UCCGCGGCGGCCGUCGCCCCUCGCCGCGCCGCCGCCAUGGGCACCGUGCACGCCCGGAGUUUGGAGCCCCUUCCCAUGAGCGGGCCGGACUUUGGGGCGCUGGGAGAGGAAGCGGAACUGGUUGAAGUUGAACCUGAAGCCAAGCAGGAAAUUCUCGAGAACAAAGAUGUGGUGGUUCAGCAUGUACACUUCGAUGGACUUGGAAGGACCAAAGAUGACAUUAUCAUGUAUGAAAUCUGUGACGUUUUCAAGGCUAAAAAUCUCAUUGAUGUCAUGAGAAAAUCCCACGAAGCUCGAGAGAAGCUGCUUCGCUUGGGAAUCUUCAGGCAGGUGGAGGUGCUGAUCGACACCUGUCAGGGAGAUGAUGCCCUUCCGAAUGGUUUAGAUGUAACUUUUGAAGUAACUGAAUUGAGAAGACUUACUGGAAGCUAUAACACAAUGGUUGGCAACAAUGAAGGCAGCAUGGUACUUGGGCUUAAGUUCCCAAACCUCUUUGGGCGUGCAGAAAAGGUAACCUUCCAGUUCUCCUAUGGAACAAAGGAAACAUCUUACGGCCUGUCGCUCUUCAAACCACAGCCUGGAAACUUUGAAAGAAAUUUUUCAGUUAACCUGUACAAAGUAACCGGACAGUUCCCGUGGAGCUCUCUGCGUGAAACGGAUAGGGGAGUAUCAACAGAAUUCAAUUUUCCAAUCUGGAAGACCAACCACACGCUGAAGUGGGAGGGUGUGUGGAGAGAGCUUGGCUGCCUUGCCAGAACAGCCUCCUUUUCUGUUCGAGAAGAAAGUGGACACUCUCUGAAAUCUUCUCUCUCUCACGCCAUGGUUAUCGAUUCCCGGAACUCUUCUAUUCUGCCAAGACGAGGUGCCUUGCUGAAAAUUAAUCAGGAGUUGGCUGGCUAUACAGGCGGAGAUGUGAGCUUUCUGAAGGAGGAUUUUGAAUUUCAGUUGAAUAAGCAGCUUCUGUGGGAGUCGGUUUUUUCAGCAUCACUUUGGGGUGGAAUGCUGAUUCCCAUUGGAGACAAACCAUCUAGCAUAGCUGAUAGGUUUUACCUGGGUGGACCAACAAGCGUGCGUGGAUUCAGCAUGUACAGCAUUGGACCACAGAGUGAAGGUGAUUACUUGGGAGGAGAAGCCUACUGGGCUGGUGGCUUGCACCUCUACACCCCUCUCCCUUUCCGGCCAGGCCGGGGAGGCUUUGGAGACCUUUUCCGAACACAUUUCUUCCUCAAUGCCGGAAACCUCUGCAAUCUUAACUACGGGGACGGGCCCAGAGCUCAUCUGCAGAAGCUGGCAGAGUAUAUUCGAUGGUCUUACGGAGCCGGCAUCGUGCUCCGCCUGGGAAACAUCGCUCGAUUAGAACUGAACUACUGUUUCCCCAUGGGAGUGCAGGCUGGGGACAGAAUAUGUGACGGUGUUCAGUUUGGAGCAGGCAUCAGAUUUCUAUGAUACAGAAAUGUUUUACAUCAGAAUAUGGAAUUGAGCUCUGUAUGAAAUCAAAAAUAUAAUGCAGUGCAAUGUGCUCGAAAGCUUUUUUUCUUCAAAUACAAAUAUACAUCUGAGUGAUUUACCUCAGACUUCACAGGAAACUCCAUUAAAGAGUUAUGCUCUAAAGGUGCUUUGAUUUUUAUUAAAGAUGUGAAAAUGUUCAUAGAAUUGUAGCUAUUUUAACUUUUAGCUUUUCCUGAUUAGUUGUUGCUUUAAAAGUUAGAUAACUGUGUUGGAAUUGGAUCGUGGAUGCAUUUCACAGGAUUGUUAACUGUGAUUUGCCCAUGCAGCCUUCCCGCUUCCUGCUGCAGGUUUCCAGUGCUGGGAUGAUGAGGUGUGUGGAUGGCUGGCAUAGAAAUUGAGGCAACAGUUUUUCUCCAUCAUCAACUUCUUUGAAGGAAUGACCUUGAAAAAUGUGUUAUGCAUCACAGGAUUUGAUACAAAACUAAUUAUUAUAAAUUAAGGGAAUGUUCUGAUAAAACAUAUUUUCUUACUGUAAAAUAACGUGCACUGGAAGAAAAACUCCUACAAAUCCGAAUUGCUUAUUGUAAAAGUCAGGUUCAGCUGUCUAGCGCAGUAAAUAUUAAAAUUCAAGAAUAACUUUGGACUUUUCAAAGUUCCCUACUUUGGCACAGUUUUGAGUGGGUUGUGGCAGUUAGACAAGCAGUUGAUUUGGGGUUUUCCAACUGGAUUUUUUUCAGCAGCAGCAGUUGCAAGAAGUGGUGUCUGGCUGUGAUCACAUGAUACUGACUGGCUUGCUUUUAUGCCUGAGGCAUCUUUCUUUAGUGCCUUCUAUUAGUGUUCUUUUCAUUUUAAAGUGACCUCUUGCUUUGUCACUUGGCAUAAAUUCCA